UAUCAGACGGUAUCGAUAAGUGUGCGGUCACACUGCGGAUCUCCGCCAUUUUAUAGCUGAAAAUUUUCGCAAAGAAUAAAGUUGUGUAUACAUAAGUAGAAUGUACAUUUUUGUGAGAAGAAUACAUUUUUACGGUGAAAAGCAAGGCAAUUAAGAAGUUAAUUUCAACUAAGCGAGAUUUCCAGCGCUAGUGCGAGCAUACGGGCCGCGCGCCGGCUGCUCCGGCUUGAAAAGACGACUGUACGAAGCGCGUGUGCGAGAAAGUGGAAAAGUGCAGCAAACACUGAUACGAAUUAGGUCGAUACUAAAUUAGGCGCAGCUCGCGGAAACCAUGGCUGAUGUGGUCUUGGACUUGUACGCCGAAGACCUGGACAAGGACUUUGCCGGCCAGUCUCAGGACGAAUUCGGAGGCGACGGUGUUGAUCUCUACGAUGACAUUGGCGGACCCACCGAGGCGGCUGCCUCUGGGGGCGGGGGCGGCGGCACGCCCUCGGCAGAUGGCGCAGCCGGUCCAGGCUCAGGGGACUCUGCAUCGAGCGGAGGCGGCGGUCCCAACGGAGUUUACCAUCAGGGCGGUGGUAGCUUAACUCCGACCAUGAACCGCCGCUACCAGCUAUACGUGGGCAAUCUCACCUGGUGGACAACGGACCAAGACAUCUCCAAUGCUUUGAGGGAUAUUGGAGUCAACGACUUACAGGAGGUGAAGUUCUUUGAGAAUCGUGCAAACGGACAGUCCAAAGGUUUCAGUGUCAUAUCGCUGGGCACGGAAUCCAGCUUGAGAGCCGUUUUGGAUCAACUGCCAAAGAAGGAGAUGCACGGUCAGGCGCCGGUGGUCACGUACCCCAGCAAGCAAGCCCUAACGCAAUUUGAGAGUCUGCAAAAAACGAGACCCGUACCGCCGCCGCAGCAAAAUGGUCCGCCCCGCGGUCCAGCUCCGCCCAAUAUGGGUGGCGGUCCCAUGCCCCCACAUCCAGGUGGCCCUCAAGGUGGUCCGCCUGGGCAUCCGCCCCGCGGCAUGAAUCCCAUAAUGGCUCCCGGCCAGUACCGACCCCAGCAUAUGUCGCAAGUCCCUCAGGUGGGACCCAACUCCGGACCGCCGAGAAUGCAGCCCCCAAUGCAUCCGCAGGGAGGUCUCAUGGGUAAUCAACAGCCACCACCCAGAUAUCCAUCAGCACAGGGCCAAUGGCCAGGUCAGAGGCCUGGCGGGCCACGACCAGGUCCACCAAACGGACCACCGCAACGACCAAUGUUCCAGGGACCCAUGGGGAUGCCUGUAAGGGGACCUCCAGGUCCGGACUGGCGCCGUCCACCCAUGCAUGGUGGCUUUCCGCCCCAGGGUCCGCCGCGUGGUCUUCCCCAAGCACCAGGGCCAGGCGGACCGCACGGAGCACCUGCACCACAUGUGAAUCCAGCUUUCUUCAACCAGCCUGGCGGUCCAAAUCAGCAUCCCGGCAUGGGCGGACCACCGCACGGCGGUCCGGGUGGUCCACAGCCAGGGAUGAAUAUGCCACCGCAACAGGGUAUGAAUAUGCCGCCGCAGCACGGGCCACCGCCACAGUUUGCACAGCACGGACCACGGGGCCCAUGGCCACCACCGCAGGGUAAGCCGCCAGGACCGUUCCCCGACCCACAAAUGGGCCCACAGCUCACGGAGGCCGAGUUUGAGGAGGUGAUGAGCAGAAACCGCACGGUCAGCAGUUCAGCAAUAGCCAGAGCUGUGUCUGAUGCCGCAGCCGGCGAAUACUCCAGCGCCAUUGAGACACUGGUCACCGCAAUUUCGCUGAUAAAACAAUCAAAAGUGGCCCACGAUGAGCGUUGUAAGAUUCUGAUCAGCUCACUGCAGGACACGCUGCACGGCAUCGAGGCGAAGAGCUAUAACCGACGCGAACGGUCGCGCUCGAGGGAGCGAUCCCACCGCAGCAGGCAGAGGCGUGAACGCUCUUCCUCGCGGUAUCGCGAACGGUCUCGUGAAAGAGAGCGCGACCGUGAUCGCGAGCGUGAAAGAGAUGGCGGCUAUCGCGAACGGUCGCGCAGCAGAGAACGAGAACGUCAGGCUCAAGAUCACUACAGGGAUGAAAGCAGCAGUCGCUCGGCUCGUCCAAGGAAGUCGCCAGAGCCCGUUGUGGCAGAAGCAGCUGAGGCGCCGUCAUCGAAGCGCUAUUACGAGGAUCGAGAACGGUAUCGCUCCUCGGAUCGGGAGCGACGCGACCGAGAUCGGGACCGCGAUCGUGAGAGGGAGCGUGAUCGCGACAGGCGGGAGGAGCAUCGGUCCAGGCAUUGACUGCUGAAGGAUGAACAGCCACGCAAGCGAAAGUAAAGAGGAGAAGGAAUUAUAAAGUAACAAAUACACAACACUCUUAUUAACAAACAAAUAAUGCCGCAAGCUUGGUGGGUGGUCAGUGGGCAGUGGCCGGCCAGCUGUACAAGCUAUACAAAUUAACAGAUUUUCAAUUUGUAUCUAACAUUACCAAUACGUAGGAUAUGAAUAUGGCAUAUAACAUAGUUUCUCCUAGACAUACUAAACAAUAAGCCGAUAUGUUGACAAGCCUCUAUACCAUCAACGACGCAUUGACUGUCUCUGGACCCUCACUCGACACAUUCUUGCAGCGACAGGAGGAGCAGAAGCAGCACUACUGUAUGGAGGAUGCUAUUGGCAGUCAUCGUGGCACAUUUUCGACACAGAUGGGCAAUGGGAUGGAUGAUCAUCACACAACUAAUCCUUCGCCGCCCUCUUCGCAGCAGAAUUUCAAUAUUAUUGUACUCUAAUAUUUCGGUUUAUUUAAUAAAACAUAUACUUAUGAAAAAAAAAAAUAAUUGUUCGACGAAACCUUACCAAAACUGUCUUGCAUUGUGUGUCUUCUUGUAUUAUAUAUAUAUAUAUAUAUUUAAACAAAAAAAAAACAAACCCACCAGCCCUUAUUAGUUAAUGAAUUUAUAAUUGUACAACAAAAUUGUAUGUAAAAUAUGCCAAAAUUAUAAUUGCACUGCUGUGUGCAAUUUUUACUGAAAUUGUUAUAUUAACAAAAUCAUUUCUGAGGCCGACUGAGGCCAAAAAUCGUCAACUUAAAUGUAUUUUCAAUGACUUUCAAUGAUUCUUUUGUUGUAAACAUUCGUCAUGCAUUUGUUUUAAUUUUUUUUUAUUUAUUUUAUACCGUACCAUACUAUAUUGUAUAUUUAAGUCGAUCAUUACCCUUUGCCUGUCUCCGAAAGUGUGUGAAUGGAGUUGUAGCUUUUAAAUCGCGACUGAUCUCAUCCGCCGAGUGCACUGUUCUGAUAGGAAACCUAGUGAAAUCAUGUUUAUAUAAGAUAAGUUGGAUGAGUGUGUAUUCCGCCCGAAGUAUAAGACUAAAUUACUCUAUAAACGAAAGCCCUGACCGCAUCUAGCAUAGCAAUACUCUACUAACGCUCGAAUCGACCUUUUAUGUAGUUCCUAACAACAGAUCUGUGUUAAAAAGUUUGCAGAUAAAAGUAAUCUAGCAUUUCAUUCGUAUUGUAUCAUCUGCGUUUUAGUUUUUGAUAUUUUUAGGUUUUACUUCUUAUUUUACUUGACAUACAUUUUGUAAACGAUAUUCAAAUAAGAUCAUGGCGCACUAACCCCUAGUUACAAACAUUUACAACACCUCUGUAAACCAGAAUGUUACGUUUACCAGUUUGAUGCACCUGUAACUCUCCCAGGGAGAGGCCUAGGCUUUAGGGAUCAAAUGUUACGAGCUUAACUGCAGAAAAACGAUGUCUUGUACAAUUUUUAAACUGUGAUAGCGAUCUUAAAUGAAAUCUAUGAAAAUUUAUACAAACGAA